CUGCAGCAAUGAUAAAACAUAUGGACGAAACUGUUGAUCCAUGUGACGACUUUUAUGAAUACGCUUGUGGAAGAUAUCUUAAAGAGAAUGUAAUCCCCGAGGAUAAAACAAGUAUCGGAACUUUCUACUCAAUGAGGAAUAAAAUCGUACCGAAAUUACGUGAAAGCCUAAUGGAAGAUAUUGGUCCCAAUGACAUCGAAGCAACAAUUAAGGCUAAGGACAUGUAUGCUGCUUGUAUGAAUGAGACUGCAAUUGAGAAUCGAGGAAUGACUCCUAUGCGUGACUACAUCAACAGUCUUGGUGGAUGGCCCAUACUUGGGGAAGUACCCUGGUCUAUUCCUUGGAAAAGAAAAAAAAUUAAUUGGUGGUUUCUGGCCGCAAAACACGACGACUUUACAUAUAUUCUUUCAUGUUUCCAAUAGUUAGAGUAGAUCAGAA